AUGAUGGAGGAGGAUGAACCGUCCUCUCUGCCCCUGGGAUGGCUAUCGGAUUAUUUCUGGAUUUUCGUACUGGGCACCAUCGCACGUGUACGUGGAUACGCGUUUCUGCAAAACAUGUUCCCGCGGCAGAUCUACGCCGGAUCACUUCUUAGUGACUCGCCGCGGCAUCCGAAACUGUGCCCACCGGGAACGAAUGCAUCGAAGGUGAAACUAUCGCCAGUUUUGGGCGUCCCGUCGAAUUCUCUGUAUGCUCAGCCCGUGAACUUCAAGAAAAGGCAUGAAGCUCCCACGUCUUCGAAGACAAAGCUCAAUUCCCUCUUCAUUGAUAAUUAUGCGAGCAACGAUCUGGUCAACAUCUUAGCUUCCCCGGGGUGUGUUUCCGAGAGCUCGUUCCCGUGGUCCUAUAUCCCUUUGACUCCCCUUCACGCCAUUACUUCUUGGUUGAAACACAUGCUAUGGAUACUUUUGCGUCCUGUGCCGUGGCACUACCCGGUACAAUCUCAUAAGGACAUUCUGGACUCCGAGACAAUGCGGAUCGCAUACGGGAAAGCGACACAGCAGAAAAUCGUCUCGGAUGAGCUCACGGUCGUCUCUAAAUAUGAUCAUUCGAUGCAUCUACGAGAAGCUAAGGAUAUCCUGCUUCAGAUGGCUUCGUCGACUUCUGUGUUUUUGAUCAGAGUUGCUGCCGUCGUUGUCAAUAAGAUUUUCCGGCACAGCCUCUCAGGAAUAUACGCCCGCCGGUGUCAACUAUCUGAGCUCCAAUGCCUGGAGGAAGCGAAUCCUGACACGCCCAUAGUAUACUUGCCGCUGCAUCGUUCACAUUUGGAUUACAUUCUGUUGACGUAUCUUCUAUACAUUCGCGGCAUGAGAGCUCCUCAGGUCGCCGCAGGGGACAACCUGAACAUUCCUGUUUUUGGACGUUUACUCAGAGGUCUAGGAGGUUUCUUCAUUCGUCGGAAGAUCGAUCAGAGGAGAUCGUCAGCUGAGUCAUCAUCUAGUGAUGAAAGAGAUUUUAUUUAUCGAGGCAUUCUGCAAGAGUUCAUCUGUGAGAGCCUCUCCCAAGGUUAUCCUCUAGAGUUUUAUCUGGAGGGUGGUCGGUCUCGUAAUGGGCGAACAUUGCCAGCAAAGGCCGGAUUAUUGUCUGUCCUCAUCCAUGCUUACCAGAGGGGUCUCAUCCCGGACGCAAUUAUUGUUCCCGUCGCCUUCACCUACGAUAGACUCAUAGACGGAAACUUCGUGGCCGAGCAGUGUGGUUCCCAGAAAACAAAGGAAUCCUUUGGCCACGCUCUGCGGUCGAUCUGGCGGACGGUCACGGCCCAUUUCGGCACCGUGAGGAUCGAGUUCGGGCAGCAUUUCAACUUGAAAUGUUUUCUCCUCAGUAACGCCGAGAAAUUCGGACUAGAUCCCGCCAAGGAGUUCAUCCGCGAUGGGUAUACCGCUCAAAAUGAAGGAACGCUCACUUCUUGCGCAUCUUCCUCGACUGCGUCUCUGUUAUCUGCGUCGCACACUGACGUCAACUCCAUGAGUCGUCUUACUCUCGAUUUGGCUUUCGUCGUGCUCCGGGAAGCGAACCGGAGUCUAGCCGUGUCGGCUCCCAACCUUCUGUCGUUCUUGAUGGCUACGAAGUUCCGACACGGAUGCGAGGAAAGCGACUUGAUCGGGGCAAUGCGCGUCCUCUGUGCACAACUCACUAGUCCAUGCAAACGGAAAACGCUAACCUUCGAUGAUGUCCACGUUGAAAACCUCAGACAACUGUGUCGCUACUCGACGUCCCUCCUACCUCAUCUCAUAUCCUACUCCAAUGGCCGAUAUUCUGUGAGCACCUCAGUCGAAAGCCUCAUCGAACUCAACUAUUCUUGUGGACCUGUGAUGGAAGCUCUCGUGGGCGAAUCGGUUCUUGCCGCUGUUCUCUCUGAGGAGCUUCGGAAAAUGAGCGUCGUCAGCGGCGAAGAAAUGGAUUCAAUAGAAGUCUGCUGGGAAACUGUCGAGAAGGGCGCUCUAGCCUUGGCCACGAUCUUGCAGAACGAGUUCAUCCAAUUCCAACCAGCAGACGAAUGCAAAUCUGUGAUUGAAGAGGCAAAGCGGUCUCUCAUCGAGUGGGACAUCAUGGAAUCGAGAGAUCAUUCGAUCCUAUACCGACGAGACCGGUACAGCCUGCAGAGCAUAUCAGACUUGAAAGCCUCGAUAGCUCCGCUGAUAGAAGGCUACUCGGCGAUUGCGAACGAUCUUGCCCACAUUCUCGGUUCUUCGCACAAUAUCUGUGACCGCUGCCUUCAGAGAGAGUUGCUCACUGGGAUGCAAUCGAAAGCGAAAAUGGAUCGUUUCGAGUAUCCGGAGGCAUGCGCGAAAGAUACGAUGCUGAACUUCUUGAAAGUUCUCCGAAAAUCGGGGGUCCUAGAGUUGAAGAAAGCUGUCAGGGACCUCGGCUCUCAACGUCCUGAACGGGAAUCGCUUGACGAGCAGACAUGCCACGCAGAAAGGUGUCCGGCGAAAAAUUCAAAAACACCUGUACAAAUGAGUCAGAUUGCCGCCGGAGGUAUGGAGAAACUGACGGACCUCAGGAUGUUCCUCGAGACCUUCAAAUCACCCCUGAUCGUUAUAUGAUUGUGAGGUGUACCUGUUGGGAAGAUCGAUGUCGGGAGAGUAUAGACAUCUUGCUGUCCACGAAAAUUCUUCUGGUUCUAGUCAAAAUUUUCCGGAGCUUAACUAAGGAUCAUUUGUCAAGCCUAAUCAUUCAUCUGGGAUCCUCAUGCGGUGAAGAUGAUGGAGGUGCGUAAUCCGCUCAAAGACGGCAGUGAAUGGACUGUUUGCCACGGAAAGUUAGGCUUCAAGGUAGAGUCGCCGGGGAUCCAGAUGGGAUUCCCGUCUGAGAUCCUGGAGCAGUAUGAAAUGGGUCGAUGCGGCUCGUAGACUACUUGAUUGAGUUUUAUUUCUCUUUCCCUGUUUAUUUAUACACAUAUUAGUAAUUGUUCACAGCGAGAGAUGGGAAGUUGAGUUUCAUUGUUUUGGAAUAAUAAAAAUAUGUAAUAAUAAAUGCUAAU